GAUGCGUAUCUUACGUGUAGCCAUUGGCGUGGUGUGUUUUAGUGUUGUUUCUGCGGUUAAGUGGUGUUCUAAGAUAGAUAAUUGUCGAUAUGCUACAGAUGAAGGUGUUAUCAACCUAUGGAGUCUUCAGAGUUGGAGAUUCAAUGUCAGUGGUAAGUCAGAAGCAACCAAUAGUAGCUUGAGAUAUAUAUGGAGUCCCUGUGUCCCAUGGACUUUCAAACCUGCAAACUUACAUCAAUUGGAAGCACCUAUCAGAAACUGUACCAAUGUUGCAGUAUGUCAAAUUGAAGAUUUUCCUGUUGAAGGAUCAGUAAGCACAGAUAUUGGAGAACAUGACAGAAUGAAUUGUACAUUAACAAUGAAUAUGUCGCAACCAUCCUGUAUCUUAGAAUACACCGUUCCUCAUCAAUCUGAGCAUAGAACUCAGACCAAUAUUUUAUUACAAUGUGAUGUCAAACAGAAGGCUACUUUAGAUCUUUUUUCUGUUAAUUUUGAUCAUAGUAUUUUCACUACGACUUUACAUUCAGUAUGUGCUUGCCCUGGGCAAUGCAAUUCACAUGGAGCUAUACCGCAACAAAUUAGCACUGGCUCGCUUGUCAUUAUUGUAUUUGUUUGUUGUGCCUUUAUUUAUUUGAUUGGAGGAAUGACAUUCAAUAGGAUUGCGAAAGGGGCAAGAGGAAGACAAAUGAUUCCCAACUUAUCAUUUUGGGUAGAUCUCCCUUAUCUAAUCAAAGAUGGAGUAGUAUAUUCCGCAGUCUUUUGCUAUUCCUGUUUCAAGCCCAAGAAUAAAGGCUACACUGUCUUAUGAAGACAACACCCACAACAGAUCAUCUUAGAAUUGAUAUUUAGAUUCAUAAAAUCCCUGGAUCUAAGACAGAACCUGGACGUACUAGUGCUCGAUAAGUGAAGAAUUUCAUGUUAAACAAGCGCUUACGAAUAUUAUGAGAUAUUAGACAGAAACAUCAUUGUCAAAUUGCAGUUUUCUGUACAAAUCCACCUAAACACACAACUUCCAAUCAUCUUUUUCAUUUCCUUUUUUUUAUUUUUGCUCCUUUUUAAAAAAAUAUAAUAAAUUUCUUUGAUCGUAACGUAUACAGAAUUGCGAAGCAUUGAAGAGUUAAAGUUAAAUUCGAACUAUAUAUGAAAGCCAUAAAAAGCGUCCGACAAAAAUACCUAUUUUGAGAUAUAGCUUAAUUGCUGGUUAAGAGAGUCAAUGAACAAAUAUCAGUUUUCGAUAAAAGGUACAAAAUAAAGCAAAUAGUUGAAA